AUGAGCAUGGCCAUGCGCAACUCACCGCUAGGCGGUCUCUCAUCGCGUCUUUUCCGAACCCUUCACAUCUCCAAUCAAUGUGUUCGAUCACUCCAUUCGAAAACCGCUCGACCUGUCCCAGCCCCAACCCCUUUCGUCCCCGAUGUCGAGACCUUCCUGAAGCUGAUCGGACGUGAGAUGUCCAAGCAAGCAAGCAAGAUCCCCUCCUGGGAGGAUCUCUUCAACCUCAACUCCAACCAACUCCGCCAAGCCGGUGUUGAGCCCGCUCGCCAGCGGCGGUACUUGAUCCGGAAGCGCGAGAAGUUCCGUAACGGAGUGUACGGACCUGGAGGUGACCUGCACACCGUUGUCAACGGAGUUGCGCAAUUGCGAGUGACCGAAGUGCCCUUCGAUACUCCAGGUCUCCCUCAGAAGACAGUCAAUGCCGAAGCUGUUACCUCAUCUGCGACCCUGGCACCUGGUAUGGUGAAGACCCUCGUUAAUCUGGCACCGGAUGUCACGACAUAUUUCCACAACGGCAAGACCGCGAUUAAGAAGUUCGCCGAGAUGAGAAUUCACCAAGGAUACCAACCCAUGGGCCCAUACUUGCAGCCCAUGAAGGGUUCCAAAGGCGCUGCUGCUCUCAUCUCUGUUCAGGAGGGUAUGUGGGAGGACAAGCGAGGACACAAGGUCGAUGGUGGUGAACGACGACGCAGAGAGGUGCAGAACAAGAAGAGACUGGAUGCCCGGAACAAGGCAUGA